AUGGACAGUAGCGGGCCUUUCAGCUGCCCCAUCUGCCUGGAGCCGCUCCGGGAGCCGGUGACGCUGCCCUGCGGCCACAACUUCUGUCUGGCCUGCCUGGGCGCGCUCUGGCCGCACCGCAGCGCGGGUGGCGCUGGUGGGCCCGGGGGCACAGCGCGCUGCCCGCUGUGCCAGGAGCCCUUCCCCGACGGCCUGCAGCUCCGCAAGAACCACACGCUGUCGGAGUUGCUGCAGCUCCGCCAGGGCUCGGGCCCCAGCAAGGGCCCGGGCCCUGAGCCCUCGGCUCCCAGCGCGCCGCCCAGCGCCCCGGAGCCCUCGGCUCCCUGCGCUCCGGAGUCGUGGCCAACGGCCGAAGAACUGGUGCGCUGCGACGCCUGUCCCGAAGGCGCCGCUCUGCCGGCCGCGCUCUCCUGCCUCUCCUGCCUCGCUUCCUUCUGCCCCGCACACUUGGGUCCGCACGAGCGCAGCCCCGCUCUGCGUGGACACCGCCUCGUGCCGCCGCUGCGCCGACUGGAGGAGAGCUUGUGUCCGCGCCACCUGCGGCCGCUAGAACGCUACUGCCGCGCCGAGCGCGUGUGCUUGUGCGAGGUCUGCGCCGCCCUGGAGCAUCGCGGCCAUGAGCUGGUGCCGCUAGAGCAGGAGCGCGCGCUCCAGGAGGCCGAGCAGCCCAAAGUCCUGAGUGCGGUGGAGGACUGCAUGGAUGAGCUGGGUGCCAGCAUUGCCCAAUCCAGACGCACCGUGGCCCUCAUCAAGAGCGCUGCUGUAGCAGAGCGGGAGAGGGUGAGUCGGAUGUUUGCCGAGGCUGCAGCCACCCUACAGAGGUUCCAGACUCAGGUGCUGGGCUUCAUCGAGGAGGGGGAGAGCAGCAUGCUGGGACGCUCCCAAGGUGACCUGCGGCGGCAAGAGGAACAACGAAGCUGUCUGAGCCGAGCCCGCCACAACCUUAGCCAGGUCCCUGAAGCUGAUUCGGUCAGCUAUCUACAGGAGCUCCUGGCACUGCGGCUGGCCCUGGAGGAGGGGUGCGGCCCUGGGCCGAGCCCCCUGAGGGAGCUCAGCUUCACCAAGUCGUCUCAGGCUGUCCGGGCAGUGAGAGAGCUGCUGGCCGAAGCCUGCUCCAGCCAGUGGGAGCAGCUGCAAGGGCUGGAAAGUGAGGAGGAUGGUCCGCAGAAGAUGGGGUCAGAAGCUGAGCUGGACUCCCAGGACCCCGACAGCACUGGCCAUCCGGAGAGUGAAGCUCCCCGGGAUUACUUCCUCAAGUUUGCCUACAUUGUGGACUUGGACAGCGACACAGCUGAUAAAUUCCUGCAGCUGUUUGGAACCAAAGGUGUCAAGAGAGUGCUCUGCCCCAUCAACUACCCCGAGUCACCCACCCGCUUCACCCACUGUGAGCAGGUGCUAGGUGUGGGCGCCCUGGACCGGGGCACCUACUACUGGGAGGUAGAGAUCAUCGAGGGCUGGGUCAGCGUGGGGGUCAUGGCCGAAGACUUCUCCCCACAAGAGCCCUAUGACCGGGGCCGGCUCGGCCGCAACGCCCACUCCUGCUGUCUGCAAUGGAAUGGUCGCAGCUUCUCCGUCUGGUUCCAUGGGCUAGAGACACCCCUGCCACAGCCCUUCUCACCCACUGUGGGCGUUUGUCUGGAAUACGCCGACCGGGCCCUGGCCUUCUAUGCAGUGCGGGAUGGCAAGAUGAGUCUCCUGCGGAGGCUGAAGGUCUCCAGGCCCCGUAGGAGUGGCGCCCCCGCCUUGACCUCCGACCCCUUCCAGAGCCGCCUGGACAGCCACUUCACGGGGCUCUUCACUCGCAGGCUCAAGCCUGCCUUCUUCCUGGAGAGUGUGGAUGCCCACCUGCAGAUCGGACCCCUCAAGAAGUCCUGCAUAUCAGUGCUGAAGAGAAGGUGA